GACGACACCUCCAAACCGUCUGGCGCCGACCCUGCCCCACGCCGGCAGCCGCGGAGACCCCAGGAGCAGCGCCCAGUGGGCGUGGUUCCGUACCUCGGCACCUUCCUGCGAGACCUGGUGAUGCUGGACACAGCCAUGAAGGAUGAGCUGGAGAACGGAUACAUCAACUUCGAGAAGCGGCGCAAGGUACCAGGCUGUGCCGGGGCUGCUGGGCUCCCUCCGCGUCUGGCUUGGGGCUCCCCUCUGUCAUUCUCUGCCCCCCCG